CGUCGAUCAAGAUCUGUUCUCCCGGUGCUUGUGAAUCGUCCCGCCGUGGACUCGGAUAUCUCAAAAAUUACUAACUCAAAUGGUGCCUCGUAGUACUUCCUUAUAUUUAGGGCGCUCCUUGCGGAGCCUUGCGAUUGUCUUCCCUUGAUCAUCUCCACGAUGUCUGACAAUCAUCUGCACGAGAAGAACUCGGUCACCGACGUUGAGAAGGAUUCCGCAUCCAGGGAUGAUCUCUCUGUGAUCAUCCCCGGAGACAAGCAAGGAUGGCUCUCCCACCCGUUGGCAAAGUCUCUUCUCAGCUGGGGCGUGGAGGAGCGAGGCACCGUUCCAGUCCCUGAAGAGGAGCGGAUGGAUACCCAAUACUAUAAAAUAUUCUUCGUUUGGUUCUCCAUGAACUUCAACAUUCUCUCUUUCUCUUCCGGAACACUUGGUCCAAUCGUUUUCGGACUUGGACUUCGUGAUUCAUGUCUUGUUAUCUUAUUCUUUAAUAUCCUCGCAUGCGCAUUGCCUGCAUAUCUAAAUACGUGGGGCCCUCGAACUGGCAUGCGUCAGAUGAUUCAAUCUAGAUAUAGCUUUGGCUACUUUGGCAUCAUUAUACCCGCUAUCCUCAAUUUGAUCGGCCUGUGCGGCUUCAAUAUCCUCAAUGGUAUACUCGGUGGACAGGCACUCGCCAGCGUGACUACUAAUAUGAGCUGGAAUGUCGGCAUUGUCAUUAUCUUCAUCAUUGCGCUCCUCAUCUCGUUCAUGGGCUACAGAGUCCUCAACUGGUAUGAACGUGUCUCGUGGUUCCCAGUUCUUAUCGCGUUCUUGGUUGCACUCGGCGUGGGUGGCAAGAACCUGUAUAACGCUCAACCAGCGGAACCUGCAACCGCUGGUGCCAUUCUCAGCUUCGCAUCUGUUAUUGCCGGGUUCGUCAUUACCUAUUCGGCAAUGGCCUCCGAUUUCACCAUGUACUACUCGCCCACCGUUUCACGGUCCACCAUCUUUUGGUAUGCAUAUCUGGGGUACAUCGUGCCUAUCGUACUUCUCCAGUGCCUGGGAGCUGCAGCAGUUCUUGCUGCACCUAACGUUCCUAGCUGGAACGAGGGUUACGGGGUGGAAGGCAACGUCGGCGGCCUUUUGGAGGCCAUGCUCAGCCCGGUCGGCAACUUUGGAAAGUUCCUCACUGUUCUUCUCAGCCUGAGCGUCACCGGCAACAUUGCAUGCACGCUCUACUCUAUUUGCUUCAACUUCCAAGUGAUGAUUCCGGCCUUGUCAAAAGUCCCAAGAUAUGUCUUCUCGAUCGUUGGCACGGCAAUUGCAUUGCCUUUAUCGAUCGUGGGCGCCCAUACAUUCUAUGCGGCGUUGACCAAUUUCCUUUCGCUAAUCGGUUACUGGGCGAGUGCGUAUGGUGCCAUCCUCGUUGUUGAGCACCACUACUUCCGGAAAGGUGACUUCAGCACCUAUGACCACGCCAUAUGGAAUGUCCCAGGGCGUCUGCCCUGGGGAGCAGCUGCCAUAACAGCUGCCAUACUAUCUUUCGCCCUAAUUAUUCCCUCCAUGGACCAGGUGUGGUACCAGGGCCCCAUCGGCAUCACCUCAGGUGAUAUCGGUUUUGAGGUCGCGUUCCCUCUUGCAGCCAUACUAUACAUUCCCCUCCGAAAGCUGGAGCUUAAAUACCAGAAUACCCAAUAUUAGGUACCUCUCUGUCGAGAUAGUUGCAAGUUAAAUGUGCGAUGUGCUACGGAACGUGUACUAUCUUACCAUGCCCAUAUCCAGAUUUGCUUACCUUGAAUCAGAACAGCAAGCUAGGGUC